AUGCUGUUUAUGCUCAUUUGCUGUGCUAACAAAGACAGUAGUAUAUUGAUAAACUCACAUCUUGUUUUCUUGUCCCAUCUGCAGAAGAAAUCCAAGAUGUCCUCCAGCCGUAAGCAGAAUCUGAAGGUAAAGUAUCUUUUGUUAGUUAAAACUCUUAGUUCAGUUUUUGAAGAAUUAGAAGAAAGAGUGGCUGAGAAGGAGAAUUACAUGGCAGAGCAUUGCCCUCAACUGAGCCUGGGUAGUUCCAUCCAGGAGUUACAGGAUUUAUGCAAACAGCUCAACGGAAAGAUUGACUCCAUUGAUGAGGAGAGAUAUGACUUGGAAGCCAAAGUUAAGAAGAGUAACAAGGAUAUUGAGGACCUGAAACAGAAAGUGUUUGACCUGAAAGGCAAGUUCAAGAAGCCAGUUCUGCGCAAAGUGCGUAUGUCUGCUGACGCUAUGCUGCUGGGCUCCAAGCAUAAGGUGUCCAUGGACUUGAGAGCCGACCUGAAACAAGUAAAGAAAGAGGAGAAAGAGGCAGAGCUGCGUGACGUUGGUGACUGGCAUAAGAACGUUGAAGAUAAGGUGGGCAUGGAAGGCAAGAAGAUGUUUGAGUCUGAGGCUUAAACAGUGCAUCAGCAGCCAUUUUUUGUUUCUAAUACAUUUUAUAU